GAGGCCUCUGCACCCUGGGGCGGGCCGGGGUUGCCGGCACAGCGGUUCAGCCCGGUUCGGGCCCAGCAUGAGCGGCCGCCUCGGGGACCUGAGUCCGCAGCAAGCGGAGGCGCUGGCCCAGUUUCGGACCAACCUGCAGGACUUGCUGCCCUCCCUGCCCUCCCAGGACGACUCUUACCUCCUGAAAUGGCUCCGAGCACGUUCCUUCGACCUGCCCAAGGCAGAGAUGAUGCUGCGCAAGCACGCCGAGGUCCGGAAGCACAUGGAUGCUGACAACAUCAUCUCCUGGGAACCCCCUGAGGUGAUCAGAAAGUACAUGUCUGGGGGGAUGUGUGGCUAUGACCGGGAGGGCAGCCCCAUCUGGUACGAGAUCGUGGGGCCGCUGGAUGCCAAGGGGCUGCUCUUCUCAGCCUCCAAGCAGGACCUCAUCAAGAACAAGUUCAGGGACUGUGAGAUACUGCGCCGGGAGUGCCAGCAGCAGAGCCAGAAGCUGGGCAAGAAUGUGGAGAUGGUGCUGAUGAUCUAUGACUGUGAGGGCCUGGGCUUGAAGCACCUCUGGAAGCCUGCUGUGGACACCUAUGGGGAGAUGCUGACCAUGUUCGAGGAGAAUUACCCUGAGUCCCUAAAGCGCCUGUUCAUUGUGAAGGCCCCCAAGAUCUUCCCCGUGGCUUACAACCUCAUCAAGCACUUCCUGAGCGAGGACACCCGCAAGAAGGUCGUGGUGCUGGGAUCCAACUGGAAGGAGGCCCUGCAGCAAUACAUUGACCCCGAGCAGAUCCCAGUGGAGUAUGGGGGGACCUUGACAGAUCCCGAUGGGAACCCCAAGUGUCCCAGCAAGAUCAGCUAUGGGGGGGAAGUGCCCCAGAGCUACUACGUCCGGGACCAAGUGGCCCAGCAGUACGAGCACACGGUGGUGGUGAGCAGGGGUUCAUCCCACCAGCUGGAAUACGAGAUCCUCUUCCCUGGAUGUGUCCUCAGGUGGCAGUUCAGGUCGGAAGGAGCCGAUGUGGGGUUUGGGAUCUACCUGAAGACCAAGGUUGGGGAGAGGCAGCGGGCAGGGGAGAUGACUGAGGUUUAUCCCAACCAACGCUACAACGCCCACAUGGUGCCCGAGGAUGGGUCCUUCACCUGCUCCACGCCUGGCAUCUAUGUGCUGCGUUUCGACAACACCUACAGCUACCUGCAGGGCAAGAGGGUGAGCUACAGCGUGCAGGUCCUGCUGCCCGACACCGCCUCUGCCCACCAGAUACAGAAGCUGGGGGGCAGCGAGGGGACCCCCAACCAUAGCCCCUAAGCUGGGGAACCCCCCGCAUCGCAGGGGCUUCCCCCCAGUCCCCUGUUCCCCCCCCCCCCUCCCAAGGCAGGGGUCGGGAGGAUGGAGGAAGGAAGGAAGGGGGCUGAGCCCCCUGAGCUGUCGGACCGAGGCGGGGGCUGAGUGGGGCCGGGGGGGGCUGCAGAGCUCAGGGUCCCCCCUCUCUCUGUGCCUUAUGGGGGUCCCGAGCCCACACGCUGCUGCAUGGGGUGGGGGGAGUAAAGGGAUGGUCUGAGCU